AUGAAGACCAGAUACCCGCACCUUAACGCGGAUAAACAUUGGAGAGACAUGAACGAGAGCGGGAAAGGCGGCAGGGAUGGUGGUAACGUGCCACACUCAUCUCUCUCGGAAAAAGAGAUGGAGUAUAACCUGAAGCUAGCAGAAGAGCGCCGACGCGCUCUAGAACUUGAACUCGAGCUCGCUCGGGUUCGACGGGACACCGCGACGCAGAGGCGUGACGAAGCGAGCGAGGCGGAACCUUCGAGCGGCCAGAUGGGACUCAGAUAUUACUCCAAGUUACUAGCAGGUGCCUUUCCGAAAUUCCCAACCGACGGCGAGGUGCCUAUUUGGUUUGAGUCAGUGGAGAGCUCGCUGCGAGCGUACGACGUUCCCAAGGCGCUGGGGGGGCAGAUCGUCCUCCCGAUGAUCGCUGAGCGGGUUGCAUACUUGUCGACGCGACUAGCCCCUGCGGAACACAGGGAUUACGAUAUACUCAAGGGAGUAGUUCUCGACGAGUUAAAGCUGUCAGCAGCCGAAUACCAAAGGCGGUUUCUUGCCGCGACCAAGCGAAAAGGGGAGACCUGGAAAACGUUUGCGACUCGUCUACAGAGUUACAUUAACUUCUAUGUGGAGGCCCGCGGCGUCUCCUUCUUUAAGAAUCUUCUCGAACUGCUAGUCGCCGACCAGUUGAAGUCGGGUUUAGCAGAAGGAGCCGCCAAGUACGUUAAGCUACGGGAGGGGGAAGAAUGGUUAAAAGCAGACGAACUGGCUCGGCUGCUGCAGACCUAUGAGGAAGCGGCGGGCGAGGGCAGUGCGUGCGCGAAUAUAAACCUCGCUAAAAGGGCAGAGUUAAAGGGUACCAACCAAGGGGUAAUACCGAGCGCAUCAAAAACAACCGGGAGCGUUACAGCUCGGGAAGAAAAACCCGAGACGACCAGGCCGCCCUCGGUUGUUAAGAAAGCGUCUCGGCCGAGCGAAUGCUUCCAGUGCGGAAGCACGAGCCAUUACGUGGCUCAAUGCCCGUUCGCUCGGGAGGCGAGGGGGUUAAAAAGUGACGAAAGACCACGCGGAGAGAGAUUAAUGGGACGUAUCGCAGCUGAAAGCCGCAGCUUGGAACAUCCAAAGCUCGGGAGCGUCAAAGUUCGCUGCCGAGGCAAGGUAAUUGAUGCAAUUGUCGACACCGGAGCAGACAUCACCGUAGUCCGUGAGAGUAGCGUGCCGGAGGAGCUACUAAAGCCGCAUAGGAGUAUAGAACUCGUGUCCGCAUUUGGCGAGAAGGUAGAAGCUAAGCUCGCCGUGGUACCACUCGCACUUUACCGCGGGGCAUCCUUGAUUCACGAUGUGGGUGACGCGACGCAGGUCGUGUGCGCUCUUACGGAUCGGCUCACACACACUGACUGCCUGAUCUCCGCGGAAGCAUGGGAACAGUUGCACGCGUAUAAUGAGGAGGAUGACGAGGUUCAGAUACAAGUAGUAAGGAAACGGGGCCAGCAGGGAGAGCAGGGACAAGAACAGAAGAACCUGUUCGAGCCACCGAAUUCCAACACGGUUUCAAACGAUGUGCCCCUACCGCCUGAUAUCCCCGGAAAAGAGCGAGAGGAGCCGAAUCUUGAGACUGAGGUGAUGCAAACCAGUGACGCGCGAAAGUUCCGUAAUGAACAGCGAGAUGACGAGUCAUUACGACGGGCUUGGCAAAACGCAAAAGGUGGCAAAGCGGGCAUGUCAAUAGUAGACGGAUUGCUGUACCAUAAAGAUCAAGUACUUGGCCAGAAAGAGCUGCAGUUAUUACUACCCGAGUCGCGCCGCAGCACUGUGCUUCGCCUGGCCCAUGAGUCCUACUGGGGCGGCCAUCUCGGCUUCCGCAAAACAAUAGCGCGCAUUAAGUACAGUUUUUACUGGCCAGGCAUGGAGGAAAACAUUCGCGACCGUUGCAACGGAUGUCACAGUUGUCAGGUCCCCCACGACACAACGGGAGUGUCGCCUUUCCGGAUGCUUUACGGUAGAGACCCAGUCGGGCCUCUCGCUAUCCUCGGGAGAAGCUGGGCGGGCGAUAUUGAGUUCCCAGCGGAGUUAGCGGACGCUCCCGCGGACUAUUUAGAGAAAUUGAAAACACAACUAGAGCUCGCAGCGGACGCCGCGGAGCUCACCACAAGCAAACAACAGGAGGCGUACGCGUCGCACUACAACAAACGCGCCAUGUUAAAGGUGUUUAACGAGUGCAACGCGGUCCUCGUCUUUGACACAAACCGCGCAAGGAAAAUGUACCCGACGUGGCUGGGGCCGUGCACAGUAACGGAAAGGUAUCGUGAGCACUCGUACUACGUGCAGACGCGCGAUGGCCGCCGCAAGCUAGUGCACCCGAACAAACUGCGCCCCUACGUUUGCGAAGUUGCAUCGGUGAGCGUUAUGUUGCACGAUAGCUGUGACUUCGGGGAGGUAGAAUACACUCCGCGAGCAGCCGAGCCUGGUCAGGUGCGUCCAAAUCUCGAUCAUGAAAAGACCGCGCACAUCGAUGAAGAAACAGCUGCCCGUAUAGGUGCUGCGUUCGGCCAGCACCAGGCGCUCUUCUCGGGCCAGCCGGGUUUUGGGAGGCAUGGUCCAGAUCCCGAGAAAGUGGCGGCCAUUGAGGGACUCCAGGUGCCUCUGACAAAGAAAGAGGUGAGGAGCGCCCUCGGCCUCUGUGGCUAUUACCGUAGCUACGUUCCUAACUUUGAAGAGAUAGCUCGGCCGCUGACGCAGCUAUCCGGAAAAGGGGUGCCUACUCAGAUACCUUGGCCUCCUGAAGCGCACGAGGCAUUUAAAGCCCUCAAGCAAGCCCUCUGCGAAGCCGUGUCGCUGGCUACCCCUGACCCGGGAAAGCCGUAUGUGCUCUACACUGAUGCCUCGAUGGUGGCCGUCGGUGCCUGUUUAGCACGAAUAGCCGCCAACGGCUCCGAAAUUCCGAUCGCCUUAGCUAGUCAUCGGUUUACGCCAACGCAAACGCGGUGGGCAACGAUCGAACGCGAAGCCUUCGGGGUGAUUUGGGGAUUAAAGAAGUUUGAGACGUGGGUCUUCGGCACCCAGGUAAACGUCGUUACCGACCAUAACCCGCUCUGGUACCUUACGAGCAGCGUGCCCCAGGGCGCAAAACUCACACGUUGGGCCUUAACGCUACAGCGUUACAACGCGAUAAUCCGUCACCACAAGGGCAGCACCCAUACAAAUGCGGAUGCCCUAUCUAGGCUUCCUAACGGUUGCUGGGAAGCAUUGCCGGCUCAAACACCAUAG